GAGAGAAGGAGAGUAAUUCGCGGUAAGAACGCCGCGACCGGUUGAAGGCGCGCGAGAAUAUGCGCGAGAGACGGUUCUGAGUUCUGAGAGCGAGCCAUGGAGGACGCAGCAGCACCAGCAGCACCAGCAGCAUCAGCAACGACAGCGCAGGAUACCUGCUUCGGGGCGGGCAGCAUAGCCGGAGCCGUGAUCGGGACCUUUCUGACGACGAUCCUUCUGCUCGCCGUCGCCGCGUUUCUCUACAGGCAGUGGCGCCGGCGUAAGAGUAAACACUUGGUGCUAGUGACAGAUCCCGAGAUCGCCGAGGAUGCGUACGCCUUCGACAAUCCCUGCUUCAAGGAUGCCACGCCUGCGGCGGUCGGUCGCGUCACAGAGAAACCGUCAUCAGCUGUAUCCGGGGACACGCCCGCGAAGGAUUCCACGCGAUGGUCCACACCUUGGACGUCCCUGGGCCUCGGCUCGGCAAUCCGCAGCGAUAAACGCCGAACCCUCGACGACUCCUACGUCGGACCCAAGGCCACCAGGGUUAGCGUGGUCAGUCUGCGUAGCCAUGACUUUACCGGCCUGGGUUUUAACAUAUGCGGCAACAUGAGAGAGGGCAUCUUCGUCAAGGACCUGUUGCACCGCGGACCCGCAUCCGAAUCUGGGCGAAUACAUCCUGGCGACCGUAUCACCAGCGUGAAAAUCAGCUUCCGCAACAUGGUAUACGAGGAUGCGUUGACGAUCUUGAGCUACGCCUCACCGUACGACGUAGAGUUGGAAGUGGAGAGCGGUGGUAGCGGUUCUAAGCCGACGACGUUGCUGAAGAAGAGCGUGGGUCCGACUCCAACGAGGAUCUGCCAUCCUCUCUACAGGAGCCAGUCAAUCCCGGAGCUGUCGCGGGGGGGUCAUAAAAACGUUGCGAAACGACUCUUCAUAGCCGAUCCGAACGAGUCCAUGGGUUCCAAUUACUCAACGAUGAACUCGACUCUAAAGUCUUCGAAAUCGACACCGGGCAGCGGGCAGAGCCUCGAGAGGCGUCACGACGAGGCGAAGAACAAUCACCAUCAUAAGUUUGGCAUCAAGGUGCUACCAGCAUUGGAUGGCACCGUGCAUCGUAUUGAGAAUCAGAAUGAGCACAAUACAAACCUGGAGAGAAGGCACUCGCGCAAGAUGGACGCGGAGAAGCUGCUGACGAAUAGGCAAUCCGGGACUUUGAGUGAUACUGAUGAGAACAAACUCUGCAAUGAACGUCUUCAGCAACGCGCAGACGGUGUCUCAGUAAAGAUUACUGACGACGUUCACAGCGUCGACGUACCGGACAAAGGUAGCAAGAACGCUGACGGAGGACUUAACAUACCGUCGGAGGUACCGACGGAGGUGCACAAUGCUGCUAUGGCAGCUCGUAGAAACCGAAAGAGCAGUUCUGAGCCCUUGAAUAUGCAAAAGAUCAGCUCGUCCGAUUCCGACAGUGCCAAGAGUCCUCAGAAGAAUAAGCGGAAAGCACCGGCGCCGCCGAAGAGUACCAACGAAAUCGCGAUGCUAUCCGCAAAGAAAGACGCCAUAGAUACCAUCGACAGUAUCGCUGAUUACUCGGAGUCAUUGUGUGAUUACGUAAACAAAGCGCGUGAAAAUACGAACGCCGCCGCGGAUGCCCGAAGACACCGUCUGGAAAAUCAAUCGGUAAACAGACGGAAUUCCGAGUCAGACACUGAUAACGAAAUGCAAAACAGCUUUACAAUUGAAUUAAAUUCGGCGGAUAUCACAAUUCAUCGCACGCCUGUGCCAGAGGCAGAUGACGAUGAGGAUGAGGAUGACAUGUACAGGAAAGCAGCCAGUCUGGGCGACCUGUCCAAAUACGAGAACAAGACCGCGACGACCCUGGAGAGGGCACAGAGCCUUGACAUGAGCGCCGACACCGGGACGAAGAAGCGCAAAGCACCGCUGCCGCCCGAAGACAUCAAUGAGUCCACUGAGGAUCUUACGAAGCUUGAUCAGAUUGACACGUUUGAUCGACGGAAGCUAAAGAAGUCGAAUGAGUGGGGUACUUUGGAGGAUGUAUUUUGGGGCGAAGCUGCCACCGAAACGGAAGAGAAAACGCAUGAAAAAGUACAUACGAGAAAGAAAAGCAACGGCACUUUAGAGCGCUCCAAAUCUGCUGUGGAAAUCAAACUGAAAGAGGAUGCCACUGUAACGGCGACGAUGGACGACAUGUCUGAGCAGAAGAAGUCCAACAAUGAUUCAGAUCAAGAGAUCACCAGCAUCGAGUUAUACAACCUGCCAUUGAGCAAACAAUUGACCGAGGAGUUUAUUCGCACUGAACGGAUGUUCAAUCCAGACGAGGAUAAUUCUCUGGCCAGAAUCGUGAAUGAUGGCCAGGUGGUGAAGAGUCCGACCCCAAGAGAAGUGGAACUCGAUUUCCAGUUGGCUAAUGAGAAACGAUCCUCCGAGGAGAACAAGCAUGAAACCGGAAACGAACCGGAUAAUAAUUCUAUGUCGGAGAAGUCGGAGGAUUUCAGUCGCGCCUUGCGCUAUUUCGAGUUGCACGCGGCUUCCCCAGAGCCGACAACAAAAGUCAACCUGACGCAGCUGGACGAGUGGAAGGAAGAAACAGCACCCAUUAACGACGCUUCACUUUAUAUCGGUAGACAAGAAGUUGUAGAAGAACCUAUCUUAAAAGUGACUGUAGAUACGGGGUGUCGCGGUUGUGAGGAUAGGUGCAGUCAACACAGCGCUGACUGCAAACGUGAGAAGUACGCUGAUAGACAGCAUCGCGUGAUAGUGCGAUCGUUCUUGGAUGACAAGACAGGCUCAAAAGAAAGUACGGAGAGAGAAACAGAACGGACAUCUACACCGAUUCAUCUACGAGUACACGCGUCCAAGUCGGAAUCAUCGGUCAGACUCGACAAAUCUCAGGACAAGGAUGAGAACGCAGAAGGUAAGAAUGGCGGUACCUUUUCUACGUUCCACGCACAUCGGACAAAGUUCGAACAGCAGAAUACGGAUAGCCAGCAACGCGACAGGUACUCGCCGAUUAAAACAAAAUCGCCGACCGACACUGCGUUUACUGAUACGCACUUUGCCAGACGUAUUGUUAAUGUCUCCAACCGUGAUGACGAAGAGGAAGAGGAUGAAUACGAAUUCGGCACGAACAUAACAGCAAAUAACAAGAGCUUGUCCUCGCCUAAGGAAGAUCGUCAUAAUAUCAGUAGCGUUAGCGUGUCAAGCGGCGAGAAUAGUGAGGAUAGCGGUUUGGUCCGAGAGUCAAUGGACUACAGCAAUCCACAGGACACGGAAAGUCGUUCAUCUUUGCCUAAUACGCCUGUAUCGCCAAACGCUAUCCAAAAGAUGACCUAUGUCACAGAGAUCAAGGUGUCAUCCAAUAGGGAAGGUGUUCGCGAGACUAACAAUGAGAACGAAGAAAUAACAACAGGAACUAAUGGCGAAUCGCGGAAACCAGCGCGACACGAGAUAAAGGUGACGUCAAACGGUAAGCCUACAUCUGGCAAGAAACCACCUGUGCCGCCGAGACGAUCAGAUAUCACGAAGAGUCCGAAGGAGGACCGAACGGACAAGCAGAUUGUCUACGUAUCCGAGUAUAAGUCCGCAGCGGGCAAAGGAGCCCAGAUCUUGGACGUGCAUCCAGGAUCGGAAAUCAAGCAGUCGGAGAACAAGAAGUUCGAACACUGGAUCUUCAGAUCUGACAAGGAGCAGAAUCGCUGGAACCCUGGUUCUGGCCAACCACAGCCCGUGACGAACAUCAUGUUCUCAUCUAGGGAUGAUACGAAUUAAAAUGUUCGCGACUUCCUUAAAGACGCGAACAGUAAUCGGUAAUUGUGUAUUAUUCAGUUUAGGAGAGAUAUUUUAUUUUAUAAAUGUUGGAAAUGAGGUUUCUUCGUGCGAAGUUUCUUUGUGAAGACGAGUAACGAUUGUAGCGAUUAAUAAAAAAGCGAUCGUAUUAACGUUAAACCAAGAUUGUAUGAAUGUUAUACUAAGAACUUUGAGAUAACGUCCUUUCUAAGAUAACUGAUUCGAGCAGAUUUCGAAUAGAAACAAGACUAAGUGUCGUAACAAUAAUCUUAAAAUGAAUAUUUUUAUAUAUAAUAUCAAUUUUUUAAAUCAAUUUUUCUAACUCUUUUUUUUUUACAUUUGGCCCCCUUUUCAUUUCCAGUCUUCAAUUCAGUUUGACCUCAAUGAAUGAUCCAGAUAAAAAGCGAGAACGUAUCUAUAAGUCUAAAAGGAGAAAAUAUGAUUAACUUUAUGUCACGUAUGUGUUGAUGCAUUUCUUUAAGUGAUACGUACUUCACAUAACUUAUAAAAUACAUACACUGUACAUCUAGAAAAAUUCCUUUAAUGAUUUUACUGAGAAGUUUUAUCCUUCAGUUGGAGAAAUAUCUUUGUAUCUGAAAUGCGAAUAUAUAUGUAAGAUAUUAAAACUUAUAGUCACAAUUUUUUUAGAA